AUGGCAACAACAGGCAUGCAGUUGCUGGGCCUGAUCAUGUCCCUUGUGGGCUGGGUGAGUGGGGCGAUAGUCUGUUCCCUCCCCCUGUGGAGGGUCACUGCCUUCAUCGGUAACAACAUAGUGACGGCUCAGAUCAUUUGGGAAGGUCUCUGGAUGACGUGCAUUGUGCAGAGCACAGGUCAGAUCCAGUGUAAGGUGUACGACAGCUUGCUGGCUCUGCCCAGUGACAUGCAGGCGGCCCGGGGUCUCACUGUCUUCUCCGUCCUGCUCUGUGGCCUGGCUCUGUCUCUCGGGGUCCUAGGAGUCAAGUGCACUAAGUGCGUCGGUGUAAACAGCCUCAAAGCCCGCAUUGCCCGCAUCUCUGGAUCCCUCUUUGCCAUCGCAGGGUUCCUCUACCUUGUGCCCGUCUGCUGGACUGCUCACUCCAUCAUCAGGGAUUUCUACGACCCACAUGUAGCAGCUCCACACAAGCGAGAGCUUGGCCCUGCCCUUUACAUUGGCUGGGGGGCCUCAGCCUUGCUCCUCAUUGGAGGAUCUCUGCUGUAUGCCGGGUCAAGUCCCCCUGGUCUCCCAGGCUCUCCCACUUUCAGCAGUGGAGAAAGUAGUCCCCGCAGGGCACCUGCCUCACAAGUUAAAGGUUACGUCUAAGUUCUAUGAAUCUGAAUACGAUCAAGUCUCACAGAUCCGCCCCAAAAGAUGACAAACCUGUUUUCUCUCCUCUUGAUUUUGCUCCUUGUAAUGAUUUUAUAUUUAAUGUUAUACCAGUUUGCUUUUUUCUUUGAAAAGCCAUAGGAGGCUGUUUAUAGAAAAACGAACUCAUUCUAUGAUUUCAAACCUGAUAUCCUCAAAUAACCCUUUAUUCUCUGUCUGUCGGUGUAAAAUACAAUAAAGUUUUGGUUGUCCAAA